AGUAUAUAUAGAUUGAUAGAUAAAGAUACAUAGACCACUAGAUCUAACAAAAAAAAAUAUAAGGUGAAACUCUACACAAUGGCUUUUCGUUUCAAUCAUCUUUCUCUUUUAUGUAUUUUAAGCAUUGUUAUGGUUUUUCUUUCGGCAGCAUCUGUGAAUUGUCAAAAUCCUCCAGGACAUACAUGCAUAGGUAGAUGCGAAGAUGCAGGAAGCACUCCAUUUUGCAAUAAAACUUGCAUAGAUAAAGGUUACAAAUCUGGUGGAAAAUGUGUUUAUAACACUCCAAAUGAUGCGUAUUGUUGUUGUGUCAAUAAUUAAGAAUGGGUUACUGUAAAAUUAUAAUCAUUAAAAUAAUAAAUAAAUACCUCUCCAUUUUUUAUUA